CGCGUGCUGUGCUUGAUAGAGCUUCCUGACUUCCCACGGUCCUCGUUCCCUGUGUGCCCCCAGUGCCCACCGCCCCCAUGGGUCAAGACAUAAACGAGAUGCACGCAGAAGGAUUCAAAACAUCUCUAAUUUUUACAACAUAUAGCAGCACUUCAUCAUAAUGGCAACCCCGAACGUUUCUGUGCCCUCGCCAUCCACGGCAGUCCCCAAGGUCCCGCAUGGAAUGACCUAUUUCUCGAACAUCGAAGAGUCGGGUCCGCAGAUCAACAGCAGCGGGGCCGCUUUCGACAUUACGAACACGAUCCUCGCGACGCUGUCCGCGGCCUCGCAGCUCUCGCCCGUGCCCUUCGUGCAGCAAGCCGCGGGCCUGGCGCUCACGAUAUCCAAGACCGUCCAGGGCGUGAGGGACAAUAAGGAGGCGUUCAAGGCCCUGGCGAACGAUGCGUGUGAUCUGGUUUCUGCAAUUGUCCUCGUGUACGAGGAUUUGGCCAAGUCGGGGGUGCAGCCGUCGUCCGCCCUCGGCAAGCGCGUGGAGGAUCUUAUAGUGACUCUCGGACAGAUCAACGCCUCUGCUGAGAAAAGCGCAUCGAGGUCCCUGAUCCGACGGGUUUUCACCGUGACGUCCCAGGCCGCGCAGAUAGUCCAGUUCCGGGCACGGCUCAAACAGUCGCUAGAUGUGUUUGGGCUUCAAUCGAGCAUCUCUAUUCACGAGAAUGUCGUGCAGGUCCUCAGCGAGCUACGUGUGCAGCAGCAGAAGCUCGACUCUGAGUCAGCCUCCCAAGCUAAAUCGGAAUCGGAGUCGACACAGAGCCAGAUACCACCGCACAUGUCGACCCCCGCUCCCUCGGCGGCCGGCAGUGGCAGUGUCCCACCCACAGCGCAUCCCACGUGGGCCAAUGUCUUCGAAGGGAAUACCCUUGGGGGGAACAUCACGAUCACGAACAUCAGCGGCGACCACACGACGCGCUCGAACUUCCAGUCGACGCAUAUAUCGAAUUCGUUCAACGGCCGUCGACCUUACCAGUAUUAUUGAGAUUGUAUAUAUGUAUUCAUUCGUCGAUGCUGUGCUCUGGCCUGCUUCGUACCCGUGAAGACUUGUUUCUCACUUGGUCCUGACGUCAGUCGUAUUACACUAGCUACUUAUCACUUUCUAGGCUGCCGAUCUCCGAAGCCUUGCAAAGCGAAUCGUUAUCGGGCAGUAUCGGGGAAAUUACACCUGUCAUCUAAAAAGGGAAACUUCCAAAUGGAGUUAACUCUCAUCACACACACAGCUCGGCGGGCUCGAUUGUGCACGUUCUGCGCAAUGAUG